AUGAAGAAAAAGGUCACUGACCUGGGAUUUGGGGGCUUAGGUGAGUUAACCUGCCCUCAAGUUCCAACGUGGAACCGCCAGGGGAGCCCUCGACAUUUGAAACCCAUGGCGCCAGACUUAGUUGAAUUGGAUUUAGAGUCUGAAGACAUGGGUUCUAACCCUGGAGAACUUACUAUCUUUGUAGUUUGGGAAGAGACUUUAAAGAAGAUGAAGAAGUUCAAACGGAAGAAAAGACACCGAAACAGGAGCCCAAGCAGCGAACACAUGAACUCUAGUGACAUCGACUCUACCGUGAAAAAGAGCCCAAAGGAAAAAGUCAUUGAAGGAGAUGAAAAUAAAGAGAUGCCCAAUCUUCACUGUGAGCUUUGUACUGGGGAUAAAGCAUCUCCUGGACAGCAAGGGCAGAUCCACUGGCACCAUACCACAUCCAAGCCUCAUAUUUGUGAACUGUGCCAAAAGCAAUUCCAGAGCCCUUCCAACCUCAAAAUGCACAUGAGAUGUCACACUGGAGAGAAGCCUUAUUCUUGCAAAACAUGUGGAAGGUGUUUUUCAGUUCAGGGGAACUUACAGAAACACGAACACAUUCAUCUUGGGGUCAAAGAAUUCGUCAGUUUAGAUACAGAUUAGUCAUAUUGCAGUAUUGCAUUCACUUUAAAUGAAACCCUCAAAAUCCAUGAAAGAAUCCACACAGGUGAGAAACGUUAUCAUUGUCAGUUCUGUUUGCAGAGCUUUCUGUAUCUGUCCACCAAAAGGAAUCAUGAGCAGAAGCCCAUCCAUGAGCAUAAUGGAAAGGGUUAUGCCUGCUUUCAGUGCCCCAAAAUUUGCAAAACAGCAGCCACCCUGGGGAUGCACCAAAAGAAACAUUAA